AUGACGAUAUCAUUUAAUUAUCAGAAUAAUGAGAUUGUUUCUUCCCCCACGGUGAUAGUAUCUGGAUCAAGCUCAAAAAACAUUCAACGAGGGAUUGUGGGCUUUACGAAUAACGAGAACAAGGUGUUCCCACCGCAGUAUUUUGAGGUCAACAAUGGUCAUUUCAAAGCAAUUGUUCAUGUUUCACCCAACGAAGUAAACAGGUUCAAAGUUGAGAUUAUGGAAGGGGACUUGAUCUCCGCGUUGGGAUUCCCAGAGUUUAAACAUGGAAAGCCAAAUAUCGUUGAUACGGCUAGUUUGGACCUUCAGUUCUAUCCCUUACCCCAGAAUAAACCCGUUCAUUUGUGUAUAAUAAGGGCAAGAGAUUCACCAAACGUGUACGAUAUGCCGAGCUAUCGCUUAAACCGAGGCGAAAGACCAACCUUGGAAAAUGCAAUUAAUAAAUUAAAAGUUGCUGGUCGGCUCAUGCAAGCAUAUACCCAAGACGAAAUGCGAGCUGUUGGGUUUAGUAAUAGGUCUUUCCAGUUUGUCGAGGAAACGAAACACGACCAAACGAUAUUUGGAUACAAAGUCCAAUCGCCUACUCCGCAUCAAGAAGUGAAAAUACACGUUUUGACAAGCCCCAAGACUGUAGCGGAGUUGCGCAGCCCCGAUUUAGCGCAACAAAAUCCCCAUGCCAAGGACUCUGGGGGUUUAUUCAGUCACGCAAUAGAUCUUGUGAAAAAGACGCCCGAGAUUUUUGAUCGUGCUCUGGGGACAGCAGUGCAGUGUGCCGUUAUGUAUCUCGAUUCAACUUAUGACAAGAGCAAAAACUUAAUCCUUACCCAUGCGGCCUUGGGAGGAGGAGGGUCUGAUGUGAAAAUGGCUAUAUUUGGCUCACACGGACUACAUUCGUAUCCCCAGAACUUUCCGUUAGUAACUCCCUCGUUCUUAGAUACCACGAGACUAACUACAAAUGAGGUGGCUAAUGAUUGCAACGAAUGUGGCACGAGUUGGGAAUGUUUGAACAUUUGUCUUGGUGCUUUCAUGCAUGAAAUAGGUCACUCAUUGGGGUGUCCACAUCAAGUUGAUGGGGUAAUGUUGAGAGACUAUCAGCGGUUUAAUCGCUCUUUCAUGACACGAGAAUUUGAAUGCUUGAGAACCCAUUCAAGAGGAGAAGAAAUUGGAUUUAAUGGAUUGUGGUCGAGUGCAUGUCACUGGAAUAAAUUGGAUUUGAUCCGGUUUCUUUAUCAUGAUCUGUUUUCAUUACCGGUUGAUCAGUUUGAAAAAGUGUAUGCAACGACUAGAAAACCAGACUCGUCUUACUACAAUAACUCAGCGCCAAGUGUGUAUGGCUUAUCACAGGACAAUAGUAUUGUCAAAUCUGAAUGUGGCAUAUAUUUGAUGGAACUUAUUGACAAAGAUCUCGCUAGGUCGCACAUUGCAUUUUUACCUCGCAGUUACGGGGGACCUAAUGUUCAGCACGAACUCAAGUUGGACUACCGAGAUUUACUUAAAAAGUUGAGGGAUGCUAAGGGUGACGCUAGUGAUCAAUUUAAAAUAAGAGUGUUAUCAUUAGGUGGCGAUUUGUUUAUUGACGACUUUAAGAAGCACUGCUCUCAGCAACAGCAAGAAUUGAUUAAAAACAAUUUUGGUUUGGGCAAAGGCCAGCUCGUAGGAGCUAAAAGCGCAUUAUUGGGAAAAGCUUCAGGUGAAAUGCACAUCACUGAGUUUUUUUUACCAUCUGUUUACAAAGUUCGUAUAUACUCAGGUGCUGCUUUGGAUGGUGUUAAAUUUUAUUGUAAAACCAGAAUUGAUCAAACCCCAACAGCAGCUGCACCAAGAGGAGGAGGAGGAGGAGGAGAAGGAGCACCACCAAUCGUGCCAAAUAGAAACUAUUUGCACAAACUCUUUAAGAAACAUGGCAAAGAAGAGCAUUCAAUGAAGGAAAAAACGCAAAACUCAGAUGAUGUUACCGCGUUGGUUGGUAAGGAAACUAACUCGUACGCCGAAUUUAGCUUACAAGGGAACGAACAAAUUGUAAAGUUCAAUGUACGGAACGGAGCAUGGGUUGAUGCGAUCCAAUUUGUUACAAACCAAAACAGAACAUCACCAAUGUUUGGGAAUGCAAAUGGGGGACAUAUGUCAUCCCUUGAAGCCCCAACAUCAGAUACACAAAUUGUUGGAAUGUAUUUUUAUAUGGGCAGUUGGAUUGACGGAUUAGGGAUUGUUUAUUCAAAAAUGUAA